AUGACAUCUCUUUCUUACUCUAUAAUUGCUGCAAUUCUCCUUUGUGUGCCUAAUUUAGUUCAGGCCGCUAGUUCGAAUUAUGCACCAGUAGCAAUUAAUCUUCCCGCCUUCAGCAAGGAAUGCCUAUACUUUGAUCUGGUGUCACACGAUGACUCUUUGGUUGUCAGCUAUCAAGUCUUGGCUGGUGGUAACUUUGAAGUUGACUUCCAGAUAACUGCACCAGACGGAACAGAAAUUGUGAAUGAGAAGCAGAAAAAGUUCUCUGACUUUCUAGUGAGAUCAUAUGGUUUGGGACAAUAUGAAUUCUGUUUCAGUAAUACCUACGGAACUGCUUUGAAAAAAAUAGAAAUUGUAUUAGAAUUAGAAAAGGGUAGUAUCGCCAGUGAAGGUGAAGAAUCCCCUGAAGAUAUUAUUGCCAGUAACUCAAUUGAAGAGAUUGAUAGAAGUCUUUUGAUGAUCACCAAAACAAUGAGUAAUCUAAGAGGAAGGGAGCAUAGGAAUAAAUCUACUGUCGAAUCUACUGGGUCAAGACUCACUUGGCUAUCUUUGCUAAUAAUGGGUGUUACCGUUGGAAUCAGCGUCUUACAGGCACUGAUUAUUCAAUUCUUUUUCCAGAGUCGUUCAAGGAAUUACGUAUGA